AUGUCUCAACCAAUUAACUUAGCUAUUGUCGGAACUGGUAUUUUUGCUACAGAUAACCACUUACCAACUAUCCAAAAGAUUCCUGGAUUGAAACCAUAUGCUGCUUACAACAGAACUAAAUCAAAGGCCGAAACUUUUGCACAAAAAGCCAACAUUGCCCUGGAUAAAGUUUAUGAUUCAUUGGAAGAAGUUUUUGAAGACAAAGACGUCGAGUUUGUUGAUGCUUUGUUGCCAGUGCAAUUUAAUCUCGACGCAGUUAAGCUUGCUGUGAAAAACAAUAAACCAAUUUGUUUUGAAAAACCAAUUGCUGCCAAUUUAGACCAAGCUAAAGAAAUAGUUAAAUUGAGUGAAUCUACUGACUUGCCAAUUUUGGUUUUGGAAAACUGGACUUAUUUGAAGGCAAUUGAUAUUUUGAAAAAUGAAGUUUUACCAAAAAUAGGCGACGUCGUUGCGUUUACCUAUAACGCCACUGGUCCAUUUAAUGAUGCUAACAAGUAUUUGGCUACUGGUUGGAGAUUAAAACCAGAACAUAUUGGGGGAUUUUUAAGUGAUGGUGGUGUUCAUCAGUUGGCAUUGUUGACAGAGGUGUUGGGAGAUGUUGAGUCCGUAAGUGGGUUGACUCAACAAUUGAAAGAGCAGAGUGGGACAGAUGACGUAUUGUUUUCUACGUUGAAAACUACCAAAGGUGCAAUUGGUACCUUUACCUAUGGUUCCGCAUUUGGUGCUACUGACAAGUCUACUUUUUUCAAAAUUUUUGGUACAAAUGGUAGUGCAACUUAUGAUUGGUCACCAUGUUUGUCAAAACCACAAAUCACUUAUGCAACAGGUGCCACCUCUGGCCAAGCUUCUGGAAAAACUACUAUUGAAAUAGAUGAAGUUGAUACCAUAGAAGAAGAAUUCAAAAAUUUCAAAGACGCAGUUGCGAAGAAGGACAAGAAAUUGGUUAAAGUACCACCAAGAAAAGCAUUCCAUCAUUUAGCCAUUGUGGCUGCUGCAUUAGAAUCUUCCAAAAACAAUGGAUCUAAUGUCACAGUAGAAACUCCAUAG